AUGGUGCCUUAUCACUUCUCUCACUUCUCUCCCUUCACCUUUAUCCUCGCUAUCCCCUCUCUGGAGCUAGGCGAGACCGGUUGGAUCAUUUGUGAUGGUGACAUUGACCCCGAAUGGGUAGAGUCUCUUAAUUCCGUGCUUGACGACAACCGUCUGCUCAGUCUGCCUAGCGGUGAGCGUAUCCAGUUUGGUUCCGGGGCCCGCUUCCUAUUCGAGACGCAUGAACUGACCCGAGCCAGUCCGGCCACAGUCAGCCGACUUGGCGUCGUCUUUGUCAGCGAGUCGGCCGUCAGUCCACGCCUUUUGGUGCGUGCUUGGCUUUCGAGGCAGGCUCGAGGCCCGACUGCUGCUGCCGGCACCAGUGGACGGCGCCUCGGAGCCGGAAGCUCACAGUGUCGCCUGCAACAACAGCGAGACCAGCGAGCCGACCAAAAGGGUGAUUCUCGUCCAGGGCGAAAUGAGCAGAUUGAAGAGUCAGGCACGCCUGUUGAAGGACGAGAUAAGGCAUAUAUAGAAGAAACUAUUAAAGGGGAGGCAGUCAAGGAAAAAAAACUGACGAUUCCGGAAAAAGGUACAGAUUCUAUGAGGGCAGAUGUCGAGGUAGAGGUG